AAAAAUGAGGAGACCAUGAAACUAUAUUUAACAAAAAAAAAUUCAGCUUUUGCUUUAAUUUCCUGCUUCGAGUUUCACGGCCAACAUACAAGAAAGAAGAGCUUAAGCUUUUGUUGCUUUCUGCUUAAUGGAGGGUCCUUAACUCUCUUUCUCUCUCCUCUCUCUUCUUCAACCUCUGAAAUUCUGUAACUCUGUCAUCUCCAUUAUUUCUUCUACAUUUUACUCUUACUUGAUCUUCAAAACCCACCUCAAAAAAACUCAACUUUCUUGCAACAAAUCUACCAAUCACUUUCUCCAUUUUUUUUUUCUUCAAGUUUUAAGGAGUAAUAUCAGUUGGGUUAAAAUUUGGGAGGUUGAUAUAAGAGGAUUCUUUUAAGAACUAAAAUUUGAUGUCUCCCCCAUUAUUGGGUCUUGAGGGGGGAGGGCAAAGCAAUGACCAUUCAUUGGUGCCUUCUCCCACGUGUGCGGAAUCAGGACUGAAAGAGCUCAACUAUUUCGGGCUGUCAGAUUGUUCAUCUGUUGAUAGCUCCAAUGUAUCGAGCUUGUCCGAGGAGAACAAGGACAGCCUGAACCUGAACUUCAAAGCUACUGAGCUGAGGCUCGGACUUCCUGGGUCCCAGUCUCCAGAAAGAGACUCUGAUCUCUGCCUGUUGAGCGCCUCGAAGCUUGAUGAGAAGCCACUUUUCCCUUUGACUCCUUUGAAGGACGGCAUCUCUUCAUCUUCACAAAAGGCUGCUGUCUCUGGAAGUAAAAGAGGCUUCUCUGAUACUGAAGCCAAGUGGACGUUCAAGUCUACCGGGCUUGAUUCUGAUGCUCCAAAACCCGGGGCUCAAGGGAAGCUUCCAAUUAAUGAUGGCAUGAAUGUGAUGCUAUCAUCUAGGCCUGGUGCUCCUCAACCCCCUCCUAAGAGUGGGCCCCCUCAAGCUCCUACAGAGGCUUUAGGAGAACAGCCAAGUUCCAACAGUGGCAAUAGUGCUCCGGCUGCUAAGGCGCAAGUUGUUGGUUGGCCUCCUAUUCGAUCAUUCCGGAAAAACACAUUGGCCACCACUUCGAAGAAGACUGAUCCACUUUUUGUUAAGGUUAGCAUGGACGGUGCUCCGUAUCUGAGGAAGGUUGAUCUCAGAGCUUAUGCUACUUAUCAAGAACUUUCUUCUGGCCUUGAGAAGAUGUUUAGUUGCUUCACUCUAGGUCAAUGUGGGUCAAACAUGAGCGAGACAAAAUUGAGAGAUCUCCUGCAUGGAUCAGAAUAUGUUCUCACCUACGAGGACAAGGAUGGUGACUGGAUGCUUGUUGGAGAUGUCCCAUGGGAGAUGUUCAUUGACUCAUGCAAGAGAUUGAAAAUUAUGAAGGGUUCUGAUGCAAUUGGCCUAGCUCCAAGAGCCAUGGAAAAAUCUAAGAGCCGGAACUAGUGAUGAAGCAGAUGACGCCCAUUGGAAGUUAUUCAGUGGGGGAUCUCAACGAGAGUAGCGGUGGUUCCAUGGAAUAGCUUCUAUGUGGGUCGUACUUUUCGUGCAUCGAAGUACAUGGUGUCUUUCUUAUCUUAUUGUAUCCUCUGUCUGUGUGUAAAAGCCUAUGGUUUUAUUCUAUGAACUUCAGUUGAGAACAUCUUCAAGAGAGCCUAGUCAUUCUGUUUUCAAGAUAGUGUAUGUUAGAGGAACCUUUAGUUGAUUUGUGUGUUGAACAAAUGUUACCAUAUUGGAUCUUAAAUUAUUAAUUGUAUUGUCAA